CGUUCAUUGGCCCAUCGGGUAACCAUGUGAUAGCCCGCGGCAAGCACGAAGCAGCUUGAAAUUGCAUUUUGCGUCCGACAGGCACAACCUGUCCGGCAAGCCGAGUCACAACUUGGCAUUCUCGAUCCUACCAAUCGUGUCCAGCCAAGGGCGGAGUUUUGAACGCGGCUUUUCGUCAAAUUACGCCUUUGUGGCUCGCCCUUCCCUCACCUGGGUUCCACCCACUCUGACCGUUGGCACACACACAUACACCAAAAAACCACCCCACCAGCAGCUGUGGCUCGCGUUGGCAGCGUUAGCGCGCAAGUUUCUCCACCGCGCACUUUCUCUUGCCACUUCGCCAUCCCGAGACAAUCCUUUUUGGGAGAAAAAGAGCUCGCUUACCCACCCGUGCCAUCAUCGUCGUCGUCGUCGCCUUCCGCCUCCUGUGAGACGUGCGGGCAAACUCCACCGGAGGGACGUUGAGUUACGAACGGAAGGACGUUGAGGUUAAGUUGGAGCGGUCGGAGGCUGGCACCAUCGGGUUGCCACGGUCAGCGAAAUGCGGACGCGAUAAAUUCCUUGGGGCGUGGAAGAAUCACGGAUACAAAAGGAGCGAGGUUCGAGUCCAGACUGCCGCCCUCGUCACCACUGUGCGGGGUUGUGAACCAGAAAGGUGACAAGGGAACAGCGCCUGUGGUUUUCUCUUCAAUCUCCAAGGGAGGAAUCGAGUGAAGACAAGAGGGAGGGUGGGGGCUGAACUGGACUGAGAGGGUUGCUGGAGACUGGGUUUAGGGGUGGAGUGGGUUGGGGGGGGGGGGCCGGAGAUUCUGCCGGUGGAGAAGAAGAAUAAUAAGGUGGGAGGGGGGGGGAUAGUGAAGCGUUGUGGUGGCGGAAGUGGCCGUAAUGGCAGGGUCGAUGGACUGGGGAGGACAAACCACAGGCCGUGGUGGAGGCGGUUGCGGUAACAGUCGCGUGCAGGUGACAACUCAUCUGCCCUCGCCGUCUACCUACAGCGACCAGUCGGAACCUGGUUUGAAUGUGGAAGCCGAAGAAGGCGGUGGGCUGCCCCCAUCGCCGGCAGGGUACCAGGACUCGUGCGAGAGCUGGCUGGCAUCGGCGUGGGUCGGCGGACACCACCAGGUGGAGCCAAAAGCCUACUCGCCCACCAAGCAGGAGUGGAGCGGCGCCUUAAAAGAGUUCGAAAGCUCGAUUUGCGACAUCGAGGAGGGACUGCAGAGAAUCGCGCGAAAGCUGGAGACGAAGGCCACGCAUAUCGCCGUGGCCAUGAAAGAUUUGCAGUGGGUGUGGGACGAGCUGGAUUGCUGGCACCAGCGCAUGGCGCUGCUAGAGGCGGCGAUGCAGGACUACGAGGGGCAGCAUCCGGAGAGGGCGCCGGGCCUGGGCGAAGCCGCCUUCACCCUGGCGCAGCUGUACAACGUUCUGCGGAGCCAGGCGGAGCGUCGCACAGCCAAGCUGAGGCGGGCCGAGUCUCUGAUGGAGCAGUACGAAUCGCGACGUAGGUUCGUGCUCAAGUGGGUGGAGAAGGCGCAAGCUGUGGACGCUGACGACAUCGGCGCGCAUCAGGCCCUGCUGGAGCAGUCGAGCGAGGUGCUGGCCGGCCUGGAGGCCAUGGUGGAGUGCGUGGACGCCCUCUCCGAGGCAUGCUCCGUGGAGCGCCUGGUGCAGCAGGUCUCCGAACUGGACCAGCGCACCACGACGCAGCACGGCACGCUGCAGGCUCGUCUGCGUCGCUUGUGCGGGCCCAGCAAGGAUGAGUUGGCGGCAAUGGAGGCAGAAUUCCAGCUGCUGGAGUCGCAGCUCUCCUCCCCAGCACUGAACGCCUGUGGACAAGCUCCACAGCUGGCCCUCCGAAGGCGGCUCUUGGACAAGCUCAGCACUCUGGCAGAACAAGUGGCUCGGCUCCCGAGGGCUGGCACAUGUUCCGUUCUCCGAGAAGCGAUCGUACAUCUGCAAGAUGUGACCGAACAGCAAUGCGCUGCACUGCAGGCUGCGCUGGCCAAGGCUGAGUGGCGUGCAGGUGAAACACGCCGGCUCCAGACGCUCGCCGCCGAGGCCGAGGAGGAGUUGUGGAUCCUCGGUGCUUCCAAACACGGCGACGCUCCGCGCGUAGGCGUACGCAAGCUGGCACUGGCUAGGCGAAUACGUGGCUACUGGGAGUGCAUCGCCGGAUUGACGGCCAAGGGCGACCUGGUCAGGAGACGAUCCCGGCACCCUGCCACCAUGAGGAAAUCUGGGCCUCCCCUUACCCUGCCACCACUGGUGGAAGCAGAGGAGGAGUGGGAGAAUGGCAACUGUGGGAUGGUCCAUCCUGCUGGCUGUGGCUCUCCAUCGGCAAACGCAGACGAUGCAUCACUCGAUCGGGACAUUGGAUUUUUCCAGGCUCUCACACCAGAGGCCCUCCUGGCUGCGGUCGAGCGGAUCGUGCAAGAACGUGGAGGGGAAGUGGCCCCCGAGUUGGUCGACGCGAGCCAAGCGGCAGCGGACGUGCCGUCUCCUCCCCCUCUUGCCGCUCCGCCGCCGAUACCGAAGGAAAAUCGAGGAUCGGAAGAGGAGGACUUUGCCAACACGGAAACUCCACCUCUUGAUUUUACAGCUGCGGCAGCAGUGGCUGCAUCCAACCCGCUGACUGCUCCAAUGGUGGAGGCUGACAACGUGGGGGUCCUGCCCGAAUUGGCGAACGGCGGAGCCUUAAUAAUCUCCCGUUGUGUUAAGCAAGCGAUUCGUGAUAAUUCUCCAACUAGGACGGCGCCAUCCCCAUCGGGUGCCAGGGAUCGGCCCACGCAAUUUGACGCGCGGCCACCUCCGAAGGCUCUGGCUGAUGCGUGCAAGGCCAACUCAGACUUGGAGCCGGCGUUUGCCGACAGCGGCGCCGACGUAGCAACCUCUGUAGAACAGCGAGCAGCAUCGAAGGGCACCGGCGUGCGAAGGCAGGCAGAGACGCCCGCGCCGUCCGACAUUCUGGACGGCGAACCGAAGCGCGGCGAUGCUGGCCUGCGGGAUGACGCCGGGGCUGCCGAAACCAAUGACGCCAAAGACUUGGGGCCGCACAGGGCUCCCGCUGCUGCUCCCACUGCCGCCGCUGCCGCCGCUGAGGGCAAGUGCACCGCCGAGGCGGAGGGAUCGCCGCCGGGCCCCUUAGCCCUGGCAAGGAUGUGCGAGGACUUCGAGGGCUGGCUCGCCCGACUCGAGCACCGAGUCUCCGCUCGCGACUCCGUGAGGAGGCUCGAGCUUCCCCAAAGCCGCGACGAGCUCAACACGUUCGUGGCAGUGCAGCACGAGGUGCAGCAGGGGCUGACGCGUCUCGAGGAGCUCAAGGUGCGGCACCGCCAGCUGCUGUGCUCCGGCGACCCGGGCACCGUGGCCAUGCAGCGGCCGCGGGUGCAAGCCUGCAACCACCGCUGGGUGGGCCUCAAGAAGGUGGUGGCAACGAUCAUCAAAACCCUGCGGCGCUCUGUGGCUCAGUGGGAGGAGUUCGAAGGGGCGUGCAAGGACCUCAUGGUGUGGCUCACGGAGACGGAUCUGCGGCUCACAAACCUCGAGCGCUUUGGCGAGUGCGAAGCGCAGGCCCGGAGCGACCAGCUCAGGGCAUUCCAGGAAGAAUUGUCGAAGCGGCAGGAGACGCUCAACAGCCUGCGGAAGCAGGCCGAGCGACUUGGGGAGGUGGGACCGGCUGGGCACAGGCUGGAGGAGGCCCUCAAGUACUUCACGGAGACCUCGGUCCGCGUCACCCGAUACCUCGGCAGGUCUGCAAACAUCUCCAUGCCACCAGAUUCUGGAGAGGGUGAGGGAAGCCCUCCAGAGACUUCCGGAGCCGCUCAUGUGACGGAGCCCAGGACGAGUGGCGAGCCCAAUGGACCAGGCUGUCGCCAAUCUCAAAUUCUCAAACCCGAGCGCAGCUGUCGGCCACAUGAGACCCGCGUGAGCCACCACCAUCAGCCACCUGCAUCGCCACUGGUGGUCAUUUCCGGCAGCGUCAUUGGCGACACCUCGCUCAGCCCUUUGGGAUUUCGGAACUCGCCGGUGCCGGGACAUCGUAACCCCAAAGCGGUGACACCGACAGGUGACGUCGCGGGCCGGUGUCGCCAUCUCACCUCCACCCCUGUUGAAGACGCGUCACGCAAAACCUCGGAGGAGGCCUCCGGAGAAGAACUACUUUACAUGGGACCUGCAGAGCACGACUGUUCAGCAGAAUGGCGGCGCGAUUACGAGCUGGCAUCAAGUCGGGAAUCGCUCGCGUCUGAUGCGCGGACCGCGUCCGCGAGCGAGGACAGCCAGGAGAGUGGAGCGUCUGCGAGAACUCUCGCCGAGCUGUCAUUUGCUCGCGAGUCGCCCUCCAGCCUCGAUUGGUCCCUGAGGCCUGUGCACGUCCGUAAAGGGAGCCCGUCGCUCUCCCUAGAGUGGGACAGCUACGACGUGAGGGUGGCGCCUGGCGGAGAGUUGCUGGGAGAAAACUCUUUGGGACUCGCGCCCACCGAAGCAAUGCCGUCGCCAGAGAAGGGCGACGCUGUAAAUAGCAGAGCGAGCGGCGCAUGCGAACAGGCGGAGAAAAAGGCGUGUAGGAAUGAAGGCAAACGGAUUUGCAAAAGUACCGUCGGAGACGUCGGUGUCUGGAUGGACGGCGCAGAGGCAACCAGUCACGAAAACCAUCUGUUCCUGCGGAAGAAGGAGUCCACCCACAUCUCCCAGCUCCAGGAGCAAGGAGCAGACGCCUCAUGCUCACCGAGCGAACCCUCCUUCGAGCGGACUGAGCUCCAUGACGACGAUGACGGCGGCGGUGGCGGCGACGUCAACCUGGCCCACCUGCUGGAGAGGGGCGAGGGCCCGUGGCUGGGCCCGCGCAGGCCCUCGCCGUGCGCCGCCAUCUGGUGGAGGGCUCGCUCGCCCCCGUGGCGCUGGAGGGCGUCUGGGUGGCGCUGCCCCUGGGCGGACAUUUGCCGCGCUCUGUGGGCACUGCGGUCUCUGCCCCGGCUGCUCGUGGUGAUGCUCGCGGCCGCUGGGUUCCUGCUGUGGGCAGGAUGCAUCUCGAUUGGCGGAGUGCCCCGCUUGCCGCCCUCCUAGGAUGGCCACGUCCUGAUGCCGCAAUAUAUACAAAUUUUAAAUAAAAAAAACCCACCAGGACGCGUGAUGGAAAGAUGAAGCGGAAGCAAAAAGAUAUUGCGGAAAAACAGUAGAGGAGAGGUCCUCGCCUGUCAAUGCAAGUGAUUAAAAUACAACCUGGACAUUUUUUGGGACAUCAUGGUGAAGAAGUAGAUCUUAAAAUAUAUGGAAGAAGGUAUAACUGCACGUGAAUGCAUUGUCUGACAAAAAACUGGACUUUUGCUGUCCUUCCUGGAAGACUGGCAGAUUUACAAGGACAGCAGCUACAUCCUCGUCAAGAGGAUGAUCUUGGGAAAACCAGGACACGGAUGGAAUCUCCCCCCCCACCCAUCCUGAAAUGGUGAUGCGCAGGGGACUCGACGAAUAAGAUUUCUCAGGGCGCAGAGAGCCGAACUACUAUACUCGUAGCCUCGUUGGAAAACAUUGAAGGCAGAAGGGGCAAGAGGAAGUGGCGGUGGAAUGACCCAGCUCACGAGAGGUUACGCCGACCGAGGGGAAGCGUUGGCACAUCGCUGCCCCGUCACCCUCCCAGCAACGAUGGGCGGACGGGCGGACGGACGGACACAGUGCAGCUGACCUACCUGCCUUUGUGAAAUCUUUUUUACACGUAUUUCUAAUGUAAUUAAAAGUAACAUUCGUUUUGCGUUUUAAUUCACCGUGGCGGUUAUUUAAGGGGAUACUAAAAUAACAUUGCACCCGUGCUCGCACAGGCGUGGUGUGAAACGUGCUGUGAAUAGGCCCGCCGCGUGCCGUUGAGACCCCCAACGCGGCAAUUCCGUUGCGCUGCCCUCCCCCAUCAGGUUAAGGUGCAGCCCCCGCAAGUGCUUUCUUAAACCAUCACCGCUGCCUCGGAGAGCCCCUCUCCCGUGCGGAGGACCUUGCCAUCGGCGGUGAGAGCGCGCAAUUGCCGGGCUGCUAGAGAAAGACGCUCUCGGGAGGGUAUUUGACCAAAUCUUCCGCCACUGGGCAGCCAUUUUUUUCUGUUUAACAAAUAAACAUUCAUUUCACUUUUUUAAAUGGGUGGGAGUCCCCAGGCGUUACCCCCCCCCUCCCCACGCGUGACCUACCGAUCGACCUGCGAUGACUUCUGUAUUGCAAGUCCAGUGUGCCGUCCAGGUCAUCGCUUUUGAGCGUCCCACUUGGGUAGAAGAGAGAAAAAUGUUGCGUGCAUUUUGCUCGUCGACAGCACACUGUGCCCAUUAGCAUCAGACCACAGCCGAGUGCAACAACACACUCUAUCUAGGGUCGACUUGUACCUUAGGGGAUUAAAGUCUGGACACAGGAUCCCACUCGGCAAUCAAAAGCCUUGCCAUGCCCAUUUGUUUUACUGGCUUAACACAAAUACAGUAUACGGUGUGCGUGUGUGAGGUAAACAUCAAGAGUGACAGGCACAUUUUAACCCAUUUUUUAAAAUCAAUUUAUAACUUUUAUUUUGCAAAUGAGCUGAGGCAAAAAACAGCUCCUUGAAAAUGAAUGAAUGUGAGGCUGUUUCUGCAUCGUUGAUGAGUGCUCUUGCGUGCUGAAAAACAACAACAACCACGGUAUGUCUUCUCCGACGUCUUGAGAAUAGUGCCCUCGUGCACCACUCUGACGGAGGAUGUUCCCUGGAAGAUCAUAUGCCAGCAAAACUCCGUUUAGGUGUCUUCACAUUAAACUAUAUCUUUUUUUUACUUGUGCGUCAUCGGGGUUGUUUUUCCAGAUCAAUAUUGUCCAGCAAGAAAAUUGUUUGAAGAAACAAUCUCUAGGCCGGUCUAACGUGUCGGGGUUUAAUCGGCAUUUGCUGCUUGGUUACCAGACGUAAUUGGCAAGAGCACUCCAUCUAACCUAUGGUGGUCUGUUCAAUACAAAAAAACGCACGCUUGUGUGUGUGUGUACUUAUCAAGUCCGUUCACUGAAACCCCAUUAGUUGGGCCUUUAUCCACAAGAGGCACACGUUUUAUUCUACCCUGUAAUUUUUAGUGAUUGUUAUAAUGUCCAAAAGAAAUAGUUGCAAAUAUCAAUGCUGGAAUUUAGCCAAGUUAAAUUUUAAAAAUGUAUGUAAUGCAGCACGGGGUGGUUUUUUUUAUCCCAUACGCUCGUGACCUAAUCAUUUGGUUAUUUUAUUGUCGUUUGUGACCAGGCUGCGGCCCAUCGCCGAAUAAAUGCACUUGAGAAAGUAUUUUUAAUGAGUGGCUGAAUCUCAGAGAUGCCAGCCAGAAUCUUGGCGAUGCUGGCUCGCUCCUCUGACACUUGGGCACGGCGUUAACAACAACAACAACAAGAAGUCUGCGAAUGUUUUUCAACCUCAAAAGCCCUGACGCCUGUGCCCACACGAGUCGGCUAAAUUCAGUGCAUCCUGACCCCGUUGGCUUGAGUGCUUCCGACUUUAUGUUUUAUAAAUGGGGUUUACGUUGCGCCGUUAUUAUGUAAUAUCUUAGUGUGUUUUUUUAUGUGUAACGUAUGGCGAGUUUUGAAAUUGAUGUUGAAGAAAUUGACAACCUGAUUUUCGUUCACGGAUAUUGUGUCGUACAUGGGCAGAGGAAUUAAAAAGUGCACGAAGACCACACGUCCGACUGCGACUACUACUUGACAUUUGACGGGUUUUUUCUUUUGUAAAGUAAAUGUGAUGUGGGAAAAGUUCAAAUAAAUUCGUUAUUUUUGCCAAUGCAUUUU